AUGAAUUCUUACUUUAUGAGAGUAGAUGAUAUCAAUGAAAUCAUGCCUGGUCUUUAUAUGUCUGAUAUAACCACUGCUGAGAAUACGGAGAUUCUAAAGAAAUAUCAAAUUACUCAUAUUGUUACAGUUACCAAGAUAUCCCCCAAAUUUCCAGAUAGAUUCCAGUAUAUGUAGGUUGAGAUCGAUGAUUAAUCUGAUUAGGAUAUAAAAAAGCAUUUUAAAGCCACCAAUAAAUUUAUUAAUAAUGCUAUUGAAAAUGGAGGUGUUGUCUUAGUUCAUUGUGCUGCUGGAAUCUCUAGAUCAGGAGCUGUUGUUUGUGCUUAUUUGAUGUAUAAAAACAGAUGGUCGUUCGAUUAAGCUUGGGAAUAUGGCUAGACUAAGAGGAACAAGAUGUACCCUAAUCUUGGAUUUCAAAAGCAGCUUAGAGAUUUUCAAAGGUAGCUUGGAGUCCCAAUGUCUGAAGAGGAAUAGAAAAAGGAGGAUUUAAUCAAAGAAAUGGAAUAUUUGAUCAACAAUUAGUGA